AUGUCGGCCCUUAAAACUAACUUUUUUGUGGUGGUCACGCUUAUCGUGGUACGACUCCAGGCCGCCCUAUGGUCGACCAUUUCCGAUUGCGACGAAACGUUCAACUACUGGGAGCCGUUGCAUUAUUUGCUGCGGGGUAAAGGCUUUCAAACAUGGGAGUACAGCCCGGAAUUUGCUUUGCGGUCCUACAGCUACCUGUGGCUGCACGGUUUACCGGCCAAAAUUCUUGGCCUGGUAGUCGACAAUGGUGUAGUGAUCUUCUAUUGCAUACGGUGUCUGCUGGCUGUUGUGUGUGCCUUGCUUGAAUAUCGCCUCUACAAGGUUUUAAAGCGCAAAUGUGCGGGUGUGGUAUGCAACAUGUGGUUGUUUCUCCAGUUAGUGAGUGCUGGAAUGUUUAUCUCCAGCACUGCCCUGCUGCCAAGCAGCUUUGCCAUGUACAUCACCCUAGCGACCAUUGCGGCGUGGUUGAACGAAGACUCGAAAACGGUAAUAGCCGUAACAGCCCUUUCCGGUUUGAUUGGUUGGCCAUUUGCUGUAAUUGUCGCUGUCCCGUUCACACUGGAACAACUGUUGUGGAAAAGGCAGAUUGUGCCCUUCGUUAAAAAUGCACUGUUUUAUGGCUGCCUGUUUGGUAUUCCUAUAGUGCUUAUCGACAGCCUUUACUUCGGAACAUUCACCGUAGCUGCAGUGAACAUAAUUCGUUACAACGUGUUCACCUCCCAUGGUCCUGAUCUUUAUGGCGUUGAGCCUGUACUGUUUUAUGGGAAAAACCUGUUUCUCAACCAUAACAUCGCAUUUACGAUCACUGUUUCGUCUCCAGCGGUGGUAAUAUUAGCCGCAGCGGUUCGUGUAAGGAACACGAAAAAUCGUCUUUCGCCAUUGCAAGCGCUGUGGCUGAUGAUGCCUCUAUAUCUGUGGCUGAUGGUGUUUGUGGUCCAAGCUCAUAAAGAAGAACGGUUCCUUUUCCCUGUCUAUCCAUUUUUUUCGCUCGGCACAGCAUUGCUGUUGGACCAAACGUUUUCCCACAUGAAGCGUGUCUUCGGAGCACCAAGGUCGACAAUUGCAAACCGUGCGAUGGGUUUCGUUGUACUCGCCACUGCACUGUGCCUAGGUGUGUCGCGAAUAUUGGCCAAUUCAAUGCAUUACCACGCUCCGAUGGCCAUCCUGAACGGAUUGCCUCCAGCGAACGAUCAAGAAAUGAAUGUGUGCUACGGUAAAGAAUGGUACCGCUUCCCUGGCAGCUUUUUCCUUCCACCCAACUACCGUGCGCGUUUCAUCGAGUCCAGCUUCACCGGGAUGCUGCCGGCAUACUAUCAGGAAACGGAAAACGGAACACAAAUCGUGCACGAUUACUUCAACGAUCAGAACAGAGGUCAUCCGUACAUGUUGUUUAACCUGAGCGAAUGCGAUUUUCUUGUGGAUUUGGAUACGGGCGCAUCCUACGAUGAGCAGAACAAGGAACCAAACUAUUCCGCCGACGAGAAAACGUGGUCCAUUGUGGAGAGCAUCAAAUUUGUGCUCGCUGCACGAUCUGAUAUGUUCGCUAGAGCUUACUACGUGCCUUCGUAUCCGUACAUUGUGUAUGGGAACUACAAUUUGUUGCAGCGGAUAAAGAUAAACUAA